UAGUGAAGAGGGUGGCGAGUCUUGAGUUUUCAUGUUGAUCUUUUCACGAGGCCUUUUCUCAUUUGGGGGCCAGCCAGCAGCUCACAUUCACAAAAUCUUGAAAAAAAAUUGAGCUUUAUUUGACCCUUAAAGAAACCAAGAGCCACACUUCAGCUCCUCAUUUGAUCAUAUCAUUGAGCUUCAAUUCCAUAAGUUUUGAGUUUAUCCUCUUUCUCCACUUGCACCCUUUUAGUUUAUUGAGAUUUUCUUGGAUUAUUGGGCCGUUGUUUCUCUUUCAGAACCGCAGUUUCACAGGUAUAUAUAUAUAUAGAUACAGUGUGUGUGUGUGUUUUUCUCUCUCUAGUUUUCUUCGGACAUUUUUCCUAAAAAGGUGCUGUCUUGAGCUUGGAUUUGGGAAUCCUUGAGGAAUUUCUUUGAGUUUGGUUGGGAAAAAGAACAGAAAUUUUGAUCGAGUUAGGAUUUGGGGUGCAGAGAUAUCUUUUUGAAAAACCGGAUUCGAGUGCGAAGAAAGUUUGCCCCAUAGCUAGUUGAGAUGAAUCAACCAAAAGUGAAGCGUAUGAUUGGGAAGUAUGAGCUUGGGAGGACAAUCGGGGAGGGUACGUUUGCGAAAGUGAAGUUCGCUAAAAAUUCUGAAACGGGGCAGCCUGUGGCGAUCAAGAUUCUUGACAAAGAUAAAGUUCUUAAGCACAAAAUGGCUGAACAGAUUAGGCGAGAGAUUGCAACGAUGAAGUUGAUAAAACAUCCUCAUGUUGUUCAGCUAUAUGAGGUGAUGGCAAGCAAGACCAAGAUAUUCAUUGUUUUGGAAUUUGUCACCGGAGGAGAGCUCUUUGACAAAAUUGUAAAUCAUGGAAGGAUGCGAGAAGAUGAAGCUAGAAAAUAUUUUCAACAACUUAUUCAUGUUGUUGACUAUUGCCACAGUAGGGGGGUAUUCCAUAGAGAUCUAAAGCCGGAAAACUUGCUAUUGGAUGCUUCCGGAAACCUCAAAGUUUCUGAUUUCGGGUUGAGUGCUCUGUCCCAACAAGUCAGGGAUGACGGUUUGCUGCAUACUGCCUGUGGAACACCGAAUUAUGUUGCUCCAGAGGUACUUAACGAUAGAGGAUACAAUGGAGCAAAUGCAGACUUGUGGUCCUGUGGAGUCAUACUUUUCGUAUUGCUUGCAGGCUACUUGCCUUUUGAUGAUUCUAAUGUUGUGAACCUAUAUAAAAAGAUAUCUUCUGCUGAAUUUACAUGCCCUCCUUGGCUUUCCUUUGAUGCCAUGAAGUUGAUUGCUCGAAUCUUGGAGCCAGAUCCUCAUAAACGAAUUAGGAUCCCCGAGAUUUUGGCGGAUGAGUGGUUCAAGAAAGAUUACAAGCCCCCAGUAUUUGACGAGAAAGAAGAUACAAGUUUGGAUGAUGUGGAAGCCGUGUUUAAGGAUUCUGAGGAAUUUCUCGUGACGGAGAAAAAGGAGCAACAACCAGCUGCAAUGAAUGCCUUUGAGUUGAUUUCCAUGUCGAAAGGUCUCAAUCUUGGGAAUCUAUUUGAUGCAGAGCAGGGGUACAAGAAGGAAACUAGGUUCACAUCUAAAUCCUCAGCGAAUGAUAUUAUCAAAAAGAUCGAACAAGCUGCAAAACCUCUUGGUUUUGAUGUUCAAAAGAAAAAUUACAAAAUGAGGCUUGAAAAUUCAAAAGCGGGAAGAAAAGGCUACCUCAAUGUAGCUACUGAGGUUUUUCAAGUCGCGCCUUCUUUGCACAUGGUCGAGGUCAGAAAAGCAAAGGGAGAUACUUUGGAAUUCCACAAGUUCUAUAAGAACCUCUCUACAUGCCUUGAGGAUGUAGUUUGGAAAACCGAAGAGGAUAUGCAAGAAAUGAAGUAAGAGAAACUGUGGUCUCAAAAGAGUAUUUUUAAGUACAAGUGUAUAAAUUGCUGGAUUUGCUAUUCUUUUGUUGAGUUGGUUUCUCUCGCGGGACCUUUUUCUUCCGAGAGAGAAGCGUUCGCUUGCGCGGUUUUCAGCUCGUUUCUUGGUGUGAAGAUUGGAGAGCAUAUACAGUUUUCUUUCAAGGUGUGAUUUUGCUAGUUAUUUUGUGUAUAUUUAGGCAAGCACAAACUAUUCAUUGUAGUGAAUUACAUUUUAAAGAAUGAUUGGCAAAAUCUUGUUUUGUCUCUCUAUCUUUUUUCGCUACAAUAAUGAGAGACAAACAUUAUUGCCUAAUGCCUAAUAGAUAUGAGAUUUAUGA